CCUCACCUUCCCGGCCAAAUGGCCGGGGCCCACGCUAGUAUUUUUUAAGAUGUUUCCACUUUCGUUGCGCAAAUUUUGUUCUCUUUCCAUCGAAAGUUGUCACACUAUUGUACAAUGUCACCAAAAUUCAAAUUAAAAAGUUGUAUAAGAUCUGCAACAAAUACUAAUUAAACCCAACGCACCAGUAGGAAAUGGAAGAAAUAACUAUCUUAACCAAUAAGUGAUUACAUAUAUUUACAUAUGACAUUAUUUAGAAAAGUAAAAAAGAAAACAACAAUCAUCUAAUCAGGCUCAUCCAUGAGCAACCUACAAGUAGUCCUCCUAACUAACCUACAAGAGAGUGAGAAAAAAGCUGCGAUAACCCCAGCUGCAACGAGGAACCCUAACCAGGCUCGACGAAAAGUAAAGUAGAGCUGAGGAAAAGUCCAACCUAACAAUAUGCCACUAGCAAACUUAAACACUAGACAGAAACCUAAAGUAGGGGCCCGUACGGUGAGAGGUAACACCUCCGGCCCGUACAUCCACGGGACGGGCCCCGGUCCAAGCCCAACUACCGCCUCGAGGCCAAGCAUCCCAACGCACGACAACGCGAAGGCGGUCCCACUGCUGACGCGCUCGUGUACGCCCACGAAGGUCACACCGCUGAGAACCACCAACAAACACGUGGCUACCCCGAGUCCCGCGAGCAACAGUCCCUUGCAUCGGGCCAUCGAUCUCCCUGCCACGUGCAUGGAGAUCGACGUCGAGACCAGCUUGACGCUGGCCAGGACGAGCCCCGCGAUCGAGCUGGACUGUCACGAGUCCAGCCUGAAUCGUGCGAGGACAACGGGAACGAGGCGAAACGCCAUCUGCUCGCACAUCGCGUCCUGGGCGAUGUACAAAACAGUGACAGUGAAGGCGUCUCGCGGGUAGGACUCCAGGUAGUAAAACAAGUCUGCCCAGAAGCCGGUGAUGCGGCUGGGGAACUGACCUCGUGCGGGGUCGGGGGUGCUGCCGGUGGUCAAAAACCUGGCGAGCCGCUCCAGUCGCGCCCUCCGAUCGUGCGGCUCCGUUCCGUCGGCGCCGCAAUGCUCCAUCAACAGCUCCGCGUCCCGAGCCUGGCCGCGCAUCGCCAACCAGCAAGGCGUGUCGGUGAACUCCCUCCAGACAACAGUAUAGGUAAAGUAGAUGGCCGGCAGCGUGGCAACGCCGACCAUCACCCUCCAGGCCAGAUGCCUGGAGAGCCGGAAGAGCGUGAGCUGCAGAAGGUGGGCCACUACCGUCCCCACAACCAAGAGUACCUAAAACGAUCAAAAUGAAUCGAAUUUUAGUUUUAACUUUUUUGUAUUAUUACCUUCUUCUUACAUACUAUUAUACACUUUUAUAUAUAAAAAGACGUGUAAAUUUCUUGUUUGAUCACUGGAUUUAUUAAAAAGUAACAUGUUUAGACACUAGAAAUAUAUAAUCUCAAUAUUGGUCACUCGAAUUAGUAAACCAUGCAUGUUUGCUCACUCGAAUAAGUGAAACAGUUCAUGUUUGGUCACUUUUGGUUAGUCUCCCAUCCAACUCCGUUAGCUGAGUUCGUUAUGUGCUGAUGUGACAAACAAAAAUACUCUAUCAGCCUAACAAAAACACCGUCUCACCUACCACGUCAUUAAAACUGGCCAUGUCAAAUUCACCGAACCCACCCUUAAACCGGCUCGAUCUAUAAACAGACCCCGGCACAAAAGAUCGACGCCACCUUUCACUUUCGCCCAAUUCCCUCUCUCUACCCACUCUAUCUUCUCUUCUUCAUCCGAGAAGCAAAGGAAUCCGCGCAAAAAAAAAAAAAAAAAAAUAAAAAUUGAAUCGCUCCCUCUUCAUCUAAGAAGCAGAGGAAUCACCACCCAAUUCCCUCUUGCUCUGGUUUCAUCCUUGUUUCAAAGGAAGACCGACAGAGAGAUCAAGACUGAAGUUUCGGGCUUCCCUUCAUGAAACCCAGAUCUGCCAGAAGAAAAGGAGGUGUUGUUGGAGAUUAUUUGAGUUGCUCUAUCCUUGACCGAUUCACCCGCCGUCAACGUGUGAAAAUCCCCGGCGCCAUUCAACUGCAAGAUCCAGAAGGCAGCAGACGGGGCGGAGCAAAGAUCUCUUUCUUCACAGCGGAGCAGACGGUGUGGAAGCCUCCUUCGUAUCCACUGGACCUCUUCUUGCUCUAUUGCGUUCGUCAAUAGGGAAGUAGAGGAAAGUCAAAAUUCGCGGCGAGGAAUGCUUCGCUGGCCCCAUUCCUUCCUCCUUCUUUUCUUAUGUUAUGGUGCAGAAAAGUCGAUUCAGCGGCCGAUUCAGCGGCGGAGAGAGGUCAAUUGGCAAGGUCUGCAGCUGCACUGCCAAUGUUUGGAAGAAGAAGCACAACGGGAACUGGAUACUCGUUUCGUCCCUGUGUUCAGCUGUUUUCAUUGUUCGAGUUCCGUCGCGGUGAAGCGGUUGUUGAAACCGUCCGUCGUUGCUUAUUCAGCGCCAUCAAGAAGAGUGAAAUAAAGUGACCGAGAUUGG